AUUACUGGCCCAGUAAAGUAACCGAAGUAACCCCAGUAACAGGAUAACAGAUGCGUGUAUCGUGUGUAGAUGUUGCGUAUGGAACAAAUAACAGUUACUUAUAUAGAAGAAUUAUAUAUUUUAUUGUAAUUUUAAUUGAAUAUAAUUUCCAAAUUAUAUUUAUUUAAUAAACUGGUGUAUCAGUAACGACCACUAGCAACUUCGUAAUUUUGAUAAAGAUAAAUAAAAUAUUACGGGAAGGUUAUGAACAGUUUGAGUAUGUGGAAUGAAUCAUUCGGUUACCUAAACUUUAAAUUAGACAGUGUUAAAUGAUUGUUACUAUAAUAGAAUAUUGAAAGAAAAUUGAUUUGUAUUUUUGUAAUGUUCCUUCACACUUAAUGUUUGAAGUUUAUAUUUCAAAUUGAACAUUAGUCAUGAUUAAGGCUAUUUUAGUGUUUAACAAUCAUGGAAAACCUAGGCUUUCGAAGUUUUACCAAUAUUUCAAUGAAGAUAUGCAACAGCAGAUAAUAAAAGAAACGUUUCAAUUGGUUUCAAAGAGAGAUGACAAUGUCUGCAAUUUUUUAGAAGGUGGAAGUUUAAUUGGUGGAUCCGAUUACAAGCUGAUUUAUCGACACUAUGCUACAUUAUAUUUUGUAUUCUGCGUUGACAGUUCAGAGUCAGAAUUAGGAAUAUUGGAUUUAAUACAAGUGUUUGUUGAAACGUUGGAUAAAUGUUUUGAAAAUGUAUGUGAACUUGAUCUUAUCUUUCAUGUAGAUAAGGUUCAUUACAUACUAAAUGAAUUAGUAAUGGGUGGAAUGGUCUUGGAGACGAAUAUGACUGAAAUACUUACACGAAUUGAGGAUCAGAAUAAAUUGGAAAAACAAGAGGUAAGUAGUAUUUUGUAAUUAAGAUAAAACAAG